AAGAAGUAAUGCAACAUCGGAUCACCUAGGGAAACAAUUUUCAAAAUUGGGAAAAAUGGCGGACGUUAAUGUUGCUCCACCUCUGCUUGAUGAUUCAAUUAGAAAAUCUAAAGUUCUUGUUGUUGGAGCUGGUGGCAUUGGAUGUGAACUUUUAAAAAAUCUUGUGCUUUCUGGGUUUAGUGAUAUCUUAGUGAUUGACCUGGACACCAUAGAUGUAAGCAACCUUAAUCGCCAAUUUCUUUUCCAAAAAGAGCAUGUUGGGAAAUCAAAAGCUGUAAUUGCUAGGGAGAGUGCCUUAGGCUUUAAUCCAAAUGUCAACAUUGUUGCUAAACAUGACAGUGUGAUGAAUUCUGAAUACAGUGUUAGCUUCUUCAAACAGUUCACAAUAGUGAUGAACGCUUUGGACAAUCGAGCUGCAAGAAGCCAUGUGAAUCGAAUGUGUUUAGCUGCCAAUGUACCAUUGAUUGAAAGUGGAACAGCUGGAUAUCUUGGACAAGUCACUGUCAUUAAAAAGGGAUUUUCAGAGUGCUAUGAUUGCAACCCAAAAGCUGGACAGAAAUCUUACCCUGGAUGUACAAUUCGCAAUACUCCAUCAGAGCCUAUUCAUUGCAUUGUUUGGGCAAAACAUCUCUUCAAUCAGCUUUUUGGUGAAGCUGACCCAGAUGAAGAUGUUUCUCCUGAUACUGCUGAUCCUGAAGCAGCUGGCGAAGCUGGCUCGGUAGCUUUACGCAAUCAAGCCAGUGAGGCAGGAAAUGUGACGCGCGUAUCUACUCGGGCGUGGGCUCUACAAUCUGAAUAUGAUCCAAGCAAAUUGUUUGGGAAAUUUUUUUGUGAUGACAUUAAGUAUUUGUUGUCAAUGGACAAACUAUGGACGAAACGAACCCCACCUAUUCCCCUGUCUUGGGACAACCUUCCAGAUGAAACUUCUCAUCAGCAAGGAGGGCUUAUUAAAGACCAAAAGGUCUGGAGCCUAGCAGAAUGUGUGCAAGCUUUGGUCUCGUCAAUCAAAACCUUAUAUCAACGAUUUAAGGAAUUGAAAGGAGAAGAAAGUUUCCUUGUAUGGGAUAAGGAUGAUGAAGCUUCUAUGGAUUUCGUAACUGCUUGCUCAAAUUUGCGCUCCCAUGUGUUUUCAAUUCCCAAGAAGAGUCGCUUCGAUGUUAAAGCAAUGGCAGGCAACAUUAUUCCAGCGAUCGCUACUACCAAUGCAGUUAUUGCAGGACUUAUUGUCUUUGAAGCGUUUAAAAUUCUCGAGGGCAAGUGGGAAGAAUGUCGCCAUGUGUACCUUAAUAGUAAACCGAAUGCAUUGAACAAAGUUAUUGCCCCAUCAUCACUGGAUAGUGCAAAUCCAAAAUGCUACGUUUGCUCGCCGCACCCUGAAGUCACUGUUCUAUUAAGUGUUGGUCAAAUGACCGUGCAAUCAUUCGAAGACAAAGUUUUGCGGGGUGCUCUUCAUAUGAUCUCUCCAGAUGUAAUGGUUGAUGACGGCAAGGGCACUGUGCUCAUAUCCUCGGAAGAAGGCGAAACAACAGAAAAUAUGAUAAAAUUUCUUUCGGACUUCAACAUUUCUGAUGGUACGCGACUUCGAUGUGAAGAUUUCCAUCAAGAAUAUGACUUAAAUAUCACAAUCAUUGACCGCGAAAAUUUGGAAGACAACCGUGAGUUUAUUGUUAUCGCUGAUCCAAGUCAACUUCAACCAAAGGCCGCCGUCGAAACCAGUGGUCCGCAACCUUCGACAUCUUCUUCCGUGCCUGCGCCGUCGACCAAUGCAACAGAAUCAGUGGAGAUCGAUGAGGAUUUGGACGUUAUCUUCCAAAAAGGCACUGAAAAUGGCAACAAUCAACAAGAACCAUCCAUUAGGAAGCGUUCUAUUUCUGGACAAGCUGAUAUUGGCAGUGCUUCAAAAAAACUUCGUUUAUCCGAAAACGAUAUUAUCGAGUUGUGAAAUUGGAAUUUCUAAGGAAAAGUCAAUGUCGGCAAGCCAUUUUAAUAAAUGCUACAUGUUUUUUCUUUUCUAUGAA